CCAUCCCCCUCCCACGCUCGGUUCGGUGGGAGACUCUCGUCGGCGUCUGCGUCCGCUCCCCACCAAUCACCCCCGCUUUCUUCCUCCUCCCUCCCAACCCCCCAAGAGGAGCCUCGGGGUUUCUACUUUCUACUCGCUGCCCGCCCGCCCGCUUCCCUCCCGCAAGCGCAAGCUACUCCCGCGAUUUCUUUUCCGUUUCCGCCGCCGCCUCCCCCACGCUACCGCUUCCCACUGGCCUCCACUGGGUCCUGCAAGAAUCGCCACCGGGUUGGUGGGAUUGAUUUUCCCCGCCCUUCCCCUUCGUCCUCCUGUUCGCCGGGAGCCAGGGACCAAUCUUCCUCUUCCUCUUUCUCGCGGGGUUUGCGUCGGAUUCCUGCAAGAUCUCGCGCCAACAAGUCAAGGAAGGAAGGAGGUGGAUCGUGGCGGCAUGGGUUCUUGCGAGGACGUGGAGUACGGCGACGUCUUCUCCGUCCCCAACCCGGCAGCUGCCCCGGCAUACGGGCUCAACUUCUCCUUCCAGCAGCAGCAGCUCCUGUUCCCCCCUUCAGCCUACGGCUUCCACGCCCUUCCUGCCGCGGAUUACCAGCCGUCCCCGCCGCAGUCGGCGCCGAUUGGCGGCACGCCGAGCCCCGUCUCGACCACCACGGAGCUGGGGAGCCCGGAGGAAGCGUCGGACGACGCCGUGCUCGCCUACAUCAACCAGUUCCUCCUCGAGGACGACGACGACGAGUCCUCUGCUCCCGCCGCCGCCGCGCCGGCGCGGGACUCGGCGCUCCUCGCCGUCGCCAAGCCCUUCGUCGACAUCAUCGCCGACGCCAAGCCGGCGUACCAGCACACUUCUUGGACGAAUCCCUGCCGUGCUUUCGCGGGAACUGGAGGAGGAUCCCAAGAUAUGUUCGUCAGCAGCAGACAGAGCUCUUGCCAGCUCGUGCCCUGCGAUUCCGUGAAGGUGGAGGAGGAGUGCGCUGUCCACAAGGGCCGGAAGAACCGGCACGGCGACGACGACCUGGAGCUGGAGGACGAGCAGCGGCGCAAGCAGCUGGCGCUGUGCGAGGAGGAGACCAUCCGGGAGAUGUUCGACAAAGUGCUCCUCUGCAACGGUGUCAACUGCAUCCUUCAGUCACCGCUGCCGGCAGAAGCGGAGAUCAGCACCGUGUACGUGAAAGGAUCCGGGAACCGGAGAGGGCGCAAGAAGGGGAAGACCGGAGUGCCCACCGUGGAGGAGGAGUCCGUCGAUCUGACGACCUUGCUCAUACACUGCGCCCAGGCCGCGGCCAUCGAUGAUCACCGCGGUUCGGGCGAGUUGCUGAAGCAGAUCAGGCGGCAUUCUUCCCCUCAUGGGGAUGCCGGGCAGAGGCUGGCGCACUACAUUGCUAAUGGGCUCGAGGCUCGCCUUGCCGGCACCGGUAGCACCGUCUACCGCUCGCUUGCUGCACGGCGAACUUCUUCUGCUGACAUGCUGAAGAUAUUCAAGCUGUAUGGGACUGCAUGCCCGUUCUUGAGAAUGUUCAGGUUUUACUCGAAUGAAGCCAUCUUGGAUGCUGCCAAGGGUGUGACAAGCGUGCACAUUCUGGACUACGGUAUAGACUGGGGCUUCCAGUGGCCAAUCUUCCUGCAGAGGAUCUCGAAGAGAGAUGGCGGCCCCCCAAGAAUCCGAAUCACCGGCAUUGACUUGCCGCAGCCAGGGUUCCGGCCUGCGGAGCGCUUGGAGGCGACAGGCCGGCGGAUAAGCGAGUACGCCAAGAUGUUUCAUGUUCCCUUCGAGUACCGUGCGAUCGCUGCCAAGUGGGAUGCCAUCCGAGUUGAAGAUCUCAGGAUUGACAAGGAUGAUCUUCUCAUUGUCAACUGCUUGUUCCGAAUGCGGCACAUGAUGGACGAGACGGUGACGGAAGAGAGCCCGAGGAUGACAGUCUUGAACACGAUCAGAAGGAUGAACCCGCAUCUGUUCAUCCACGCGGUCGUCAAUGGCACCUUCAACGCGCCGUUCUUCGUGACGCGCUUUAAGGAGGCUCUCUUCUACUUCUCUUCACACUUCGACAUGCUCGAGGCGACCGCACCGCCGGUGGACGAACACAGGCAGCUGAUCGAAAGGGAAUACUUCGGACGGGAAGCCCUCAACGUGGUCGCUUGCGAGGGCACGGAGAGGGUCGAGAGGCCGGAGACCUACAAGCAAUGGCAGGUAAGGAACCUCAGGGCAGGGUUCAGGCAGGUACCUCUGCUUCAAGAGACGGUGAAAAAAGCAAGAUACAAGGUAACCAAGAGCUAUCACAAGGAUUUCUUCGUCGACGAAGAUAACAAGUGGAUGUUGCAGGGUUGGAAGGGCAGAGUCAUCUGUGCCCUGUCCACAUGGAAACCUAGCUAGAACUCUAGACACCGCCGGCCUUGUUGCCUGGUACAUUUCAUCAUCUUUUGCUCUUCUGUUGUACUAUCUGAUAUUCUGAUGCUUAUAUGUUUAUGAGUUUUGGCCCUUCUCUGGGAGGAAAUCAAUGAAUUUUUUUGCUGAA